UGGAUACAACAGCAGGUGGUUAAAAGAAGGAUAAAGAGGGAUUAUAAACCUGGUGGUACCCAAUCCACUUAUUUCAAUGAUCCCAAAUGGCCAAGCAUGUGGUACAUGCACUGCAGUGAUAACACCCACCAUUGUCAGUCAGAUAUGAAUAUAGUAGCUGCCUGGAAGAGAGGUUACACUGGAAAGAAUGUUGUAGUCACCAUCUUGGAUGAUGGCAUUGAAAGAAACCAUCCAGACUUGAUGCAGAAUUAUGAUUCGCAAGCCAGUUUUGAUGUCAAUGGAAAUGAUUUUGAUCCUAUGCCUCGAUACGAUGCCAGCAAUGAGAACAAGUAAGGCACUGUGACAUUCUUGACAUUUUCAAUAUCAGGUAGAAAGUACUAAUUCUUCUGCAAAAGUCUACAAAACUUGAUUCCUCAUAAAGCAGAAUGAU